UUAAACAGUCACCUUGGAAGUUCCAUGAGGAAGAUACAAGCAUGUACGUUCUGGGCUUACUGAUAGCGUCAGCCCUGCUUCCAAACGCUGAAACCAGAGGUGAUGCGGAACACCAUGUGUUUGUAAGAGACAAAAGACAGUCUGAACAAUGCAACCGAUGGGGUAAAUAUCGCGAAGAAUACAACUACUGCAACAAUCUGAAGAAGCCAGUUUGGGGAAGUAGCUAUGACAAACUGGCCCGCUCUUUGCCCCCUGAAUAUGAUGAUGGGAAGGGAACGCCAAGGCAGAGGUCGGUCAAUGGAGGUCUGCUGCCAAAUCCCAGGACUGUGAGCGUCACUGUGCACAGUGAUAAGUCAGUCCUGAACAAUGAACACUCCCUCAUGCUGAUGCAGUGGGGACAGUUUAUUAAUCACGACAUGGUCGGGACUCCAAACACGACAGAUUCCGAAGGGGAUAUUCUUGACUGUUGUAAGGAACCAACCGACGUCACCACAAACCCUGCCUCCGAGUGUUUCCCCAUCUUCAUCCCCAACCAAGACAGAUAUUACAGGCAGGGCCGUUGUAUGAGCGUCGUCAGAUCAGAGGCCGUGCCCGGGUCAGGAACCAAUGCCAAUCCUCGCCUGACGUACACUACUGCCAGUGCUUUCAUCGACGGAUCACACAUAUACGGGCCGUACCCCGAGUUGGAAGAUGCACUUAGAAAGAAAACCGGUGGAUUGCUCAAGUUCAAAAUGAAGAACGGAAAGGCUUUUCCACCUGUCGGUGAUCCCACUGCAUGCUUCAAUGGAAAUAACCCAAACACCUACUGCUUUUGGACAGGCGACAGGAGGGCCAAUGUGUUCCCUGGUCUAACGGCCCUGCACAUCGCCUUCGUGAGAGAACACAACCGCAUUGCCCGGGUCCUUGCAAACAGACACCCAACUUGGAACGAUGAGACGUUGUUCAAAGCGACCAAGAAAAUUGUUAUUGCAGAGCUUCAGGUAAUAACCUACAAGCAAUGGCUGCCUCUCAUAAUUGGUCCCGAUUACAUGAAGAUCUAUGAGAUCAACAAUCCCUACCAAUACCAGGAAGAAAUGAACCCAAGGAUAACAAACGCCUUUGCAACAUCCGCCAUGAGAUUCGGCCAUUCUAUGGUGCCCAAGAACCUGUUCAUCGGAGGACAGAAGAAGCCGGUUGCAAACCUCAUCUCAAAUACAGCUGCUGUACAUAAAAGCAUAGAAGACGUCCUCAACUCCAUCACGGGGGGUGUCAACGAAAGGACGGACGCAUGGUUCUCGAAGGAUAUGACUGACUUCAUGUUUGAAACUGCUAUAAAUGUUCGUGACGGUUACGACAUCGUCAGCCUCAACAUUCAACGUGGUCGUGACCACGGCGUCCCUGCGUACAACAAAUGGAGAGCGUACUGUAAACGGCCACAAAUCCAAUCUUUUUACAACAACGUUUUCUCAAAUGAAAUUGGAAGAAAUCUUGCCAAAGUUUACAAAUCUGUGAACGACAUCGACCUGUAUAGCGGGAGUAUUUCGGAGUGGAAUGUUCCUAACGGCGUUGUCGGUGAUGUCAACGCUUGUCUAAUUGGGGAACAGUUCAUGAGGAUCAAGUAUGGCGACAGGUUUUUCUGGGAAGCAGCAAACACGGGAGUUGGAUUUACCAAAGAACAGAGAAAUCAGCUGAAGAAGGUGACUCUUGCUCGAAUCAUCUGUGACAACACUGACAUCCGCAGAAUCCAGGAGAACAUCUUCAUGAAGCCGGGCACUGACAACCCUCGCGUCAGCUGUAGUGAUAUUCCACGAAUGGACAUGACGAAAUUCUGAAAGAACCCUUUCUUUGGCUUCUUCAAGAAAAAUAAACUCUCAGGAGACCUG